AGUUUUGAACCUUCCCUAGCCAUUAUUUUAUUUACUAAAUGCCGAUAUCCAUCCGCAGGGUCAGAGAGUAUUUUGAAGAAAUUGCCAAAGGGGUUAUGUGGCUAUUUUUUGUCCUGUUUUUUUCGACGUGUUAAGCACGUACGGUACUUUCGAAACAUCUACCUUUUGAUGAGCCAUAGCGAUUCCGGGAGAUCUGUGUGUGGCACUUUUGGUAGGGGAGGCGGGUCUAUUUUUCUGAGGAGCCUAGAGGGCUGUGCUUCGGUGCCACUUAACAUUAGAUAUGGCCACCGUUAUAGAGUACUCCGAAGCGUUAUCUUCAACUUAAUUUUUUAUAUUUCAUAGCCAUUUCGUCGCUCGGCCAUUACACGUAGACGGACCGUUAUUUUUGGCAUGUUCCUGUUUGUUUUUACAAGUCUUGGGUGGCGAUUGUUGCUGCGUGGCAGGCUGGCUGCGAGAGUCUCGUAACUGGCCGCUUGGUCCCGCAGCUUGUCGCAGCUGAAGAAAAUAGAACCAGUUGGCAACCGAGCGAUCGACACCUACCGUUUGCUUGAGCAUCUCUCCACUUUUGGUGAAGACCGAAUAUAACAUUUCACACCAAGAGAGUGUUGAGUUUGCAUCCGCUGGGAUUUGGCAUUCAACCGACCACCCGUUAAUGGUGAAAUUAUUGACCGCAGACUUGGGUGGCUAACGCCAACUAGCUAGAUAACCUGAACUGGUUGAAACUAACAUUCGUGCGACGACAGCUGUCAUUGGAGAAAGGAAAGUGAUCCAUCAAAUGCGUGUGCCAAUGAAGCUGUUUUCUCCUGGAUUUACAUCACCCGUCUUUCCAUCAAAUGGGCGAAGUUAGGAAUAUCCUUACAACAUUGGAUUACUAUGUUAUGCGUUAUGCAUUUUUGAGAACUGCGGUGUUCCUUCAUUGGAGAGAGGCUAGCUAGCUCAAUUAGCUUGCUAGCUAGCUAAGUGAUAAAAGUGCGACGUUUCAUCAUCCAGUAUUUUGGACAUGAAGAGAAUAAUUCGCUAUUCAUAGGGUUGGAAGAAUGUCAUCAGAGGAUAAGACUGUGGAACCCUCUGACCAGGGACCCUCACCGCCCUCCAGCAGUGCAGGGGCCACAUCCACAGGAAGUCCUGCCCAUGCAGACAAGCGCCCUCGUGGCAGGCCGCGCAAGGAUGCUGCUACCAUCCCACCCCAGGCGCCUCCUUCAUCCACAUCCAAGACCAGGAAGAAGGGUCGCACCAGAGGGAGGGUUGUUGUGGAUGAGGAGGACAGCAUGGAUGGGACUGAGAUAACAGAAUCCAUUGGCCCUCAGGACACAGAAGCGCAAUCCCAGCCAGCAGAGACUGUGGAGGUGGUGGCCACUGAGGGGGCAGAGGAGGACAAGCCUUCUUCUCCUGUGGCCCAGAGCCCUCCAGCUGAGGAAUCAGCAGGACCAUCUAUCCCAGCGAGCAAAGAAGUCAAAAGCAGCGAGCGUCUCUGUGCCUUCUGUUACUGCGGCGGCCGCAGCCUGCUGGGUCAGGGGGAGCUGCAAGUGUUCCGCACCACGCCUGAGCUUGACGCUCUCCUCAGCCACAAGGGCAGAGGAGGUUCAGCGGGCAACAGCAGUGACGAUGACAAAACCACUCAGCCAGAUGUGGCCGGAGAGACCACCUCAGGACAGAGGGGCAAGACGAAUGCGUCUGAGAGCCAAGGGGAAGAACCAGACCCAGGCAAUCGGUUUUGGGAUGAGCUUUCUCAUGUUGGCCUUCCUCAAAAUCUUGACGUCCAGUCUCUCUUUGAGUCAGGGCAAUACUGGGUGCAUCAGAGUUGUGUCUUGUGGUCCGAGGGUGUUUGCGAGGGCGAGGGACAAUCUCUGCUUAAUGUGGACAGAGCCAUUGACUCAGGGAGCACAAAGCACUGUGCAUACUGUAAGCGCCUUGGAGCAUCCAUUAAGUGCUGUGCUGAAGGAUGUGCUCAACUCUACCAUUACCCCUGUGCGGGGGCAGCUGGGACUUUUCAGGAUAUCAGGAGUCUCUCCCUCCUCUGUCCAGAACACAUUGAAUUGGCCAUCCACAGAUUUGUAGACGAUGUGAACUGCGCACUAUGCGAUAGCCCAGGGGACCUGCUGGACCAGCUCUUCUGCACCAGUUGUGGUCAGCACUACCAUGGGAUCUGUCUGGAUAUGGCUGUGACACCUCUAAGGAGGGCAGGUUGGCAGUGCCCCGAGUGCAAAGUCUGCCAGACAUGCAAGAACCCAGGAGAGGACACUAAGAUGUUGGUGUGUGACAUGUGUGACAAAGGCUACCACACCUUUUGCCUACAACCUGCCAUGGACUCUAUUCCCACCAAUGGCUGGAGAUGUAAGAACUGCAGAGUAUGCAUCCAGUGUGGAACACGAACCAGCGGGCAGUGGCACCACACCAGCCUACUGUGUGAGAACUGUGUCCAAAAUCAGGACCCAACUCUCUGCUGUCCUCUGUGUGCCUGCAUCCUGGACCCCGAGCACCACAAAGACUUGCUCUCCUGCAGCCGCUGCAAGAGAUGGCUACACCUGGAGUGUGAGCGUCAGAACUCAGGCCAAGCAGACAUCCACCCCAGGGAGGACUAUGUUUGUUCCAACUGCAGGUCUCCUGCUGCAGAGCAGGCUUUACAGGCAGAGGAUAUGGACACCGGCCCAGAGCUCAGCCCGCAGCCAGCCUCAAUGCACACGGACUCUGAGACUGGCCUACAGCUGGCUCAAAAGCACACGGACCUAGAACCUGGUACUCUGCUGCCUCCUGAAAUGCACAAUGACCCUGGACCGGAAUUCCCUGCCGUUCCAUUGCACUCAGAUUCAGAGGCUGUCCAGGCCACCGUCCAGGGGGAGACACUGGCCACGUCAGCCCAGAAGCCUGAAGUCUCAGUGGGAGCUGACAUUGUUGAGAGGCAGGUUACUGAGCCGUCUGUCAACAAAAACCUGACAGAAUUCAAACCAGAAAUAAAACCAGCAGUGAGGACCCCUGUAACCCAGCUCACGUCUACAGCAAGUCCAACAUCUCCAGGGUUUACUAGCCAGGAGUCUGACUCUUUCCCAGCCCAGCUUUCUGUGGAGGCACAACAUGCACAGGAUACUGCGUUACCCACUAAGCCAGCAAAGGCAGAGGCCUGCUCUGAGAAGGGCACGGUCAAACCCAGCACAAAGGAUUUCAAGGCCAUCAUCUCACCCACCAAAGAACCAAGUACUGCAUUGAUAGCUAUGACGGACGAACCAAUGGAAGUUUCACCAUCCCAGCCUUUGGGUAGGGAUGAAGUUGGGGCUGUUGCCCUGGAAACUGCUCCGACAGAACCUUGCAAGGAGAGGAGAGAGGGAAAUGUUAACAGGCACCUGACAGAGGCUGUUGACUCCUCAGCAUCUGGCACAUUGGAGGAGAUGGACACUACCCCGGAGAGCAAGCCUAAUCUCUCAUUCCUCUGUCCUUCGUUAGAGGAGAAGCCUCACAAGGCGUCCUUAGACAGACUGGCUGAGAUAGUUGUCUCACCUCCCCAUUCCUCCCCUCUGGCCCGAGGGACAUCGCCCAGAGAACCUCCCCAGACCCACACCCUCACUCCGCUAGGCGACCACAGCAGCGUACUGCCCACAACCACCCUUAUACCACUCACCCCUAAGAUUGGCAUGGGAAAGCCAGCUAUCUCCAAGAGGAAGUUCUCACCUGGGAGGCCACGAGUGAAGCAGGGCGCAUGGAGCCCCCAUAGCAGUGUGAGCUCCCCCUUGUCCUGGUCGCCAGACCAGCCAGAGGGGUGGGACGUCCCAAAGACCAGGCAGUCCUCUGGCAGCCCCGGCUGGAGCAUCAGAGUGGGCCGUGGCUCAGGCUUCCCGGGUCGGAGGAGGCCCAGAGGUGCUGGGCUGUCAGGUAGAGGGGGACGUGGCAGAGCCAGAGGCAAGAAUGGAGCUAGUCCCACCAUCAACCCAGGGCUCACCACAAUUGAAACACCAUAUCCAGUCAAGGAGGAGGAGGAGAAUGCCAUGCAUAACACAGUGGUCAUAUUCUCCAGUAAUGACAGUUUCACAUUGAAACAGGACAUGUGUGUGGUGUGUGGGAGUUUUGGUCUGGGCGCAGAGGGCCGUCUUCUGGCUUGUGCUCAGUGUGGCCAGUGUUACCAUCCUUUCUGCGUUGGCAUAAAGAUCACCAAGGUGGUGCUGAGUAAAGGCUGGCGUUGUCUGGAGUGUACAGUGUGUGAAGCUUGCGGCCAGGCCACAGACCCAGGCCGCUUGCUGCUGUGUGAUGACUGUGACAUCAGCUAUCACACGUACUGCUUAGACCCUCCUCUGCAGAAUGUACCCAAGGACAGCUGGAAGUGCAAAUGGUGUGUGUCCUGUACUCAGUGCGGUGCCACCUCCCCUGGCCUGAGGUGUGAGUGGCAGAAUAAUUACACCCAGUGUGCCCCCUGUGCCAGUCUGGCAACAUGCCCCAUCUGCCUGCUGGACUACAGUGAGGGCACCAUCAUCGUGCAGUGCCGCCAAUGCGACAGAUGGCUUCAUGCCUCUUGUCAGGGACUUCAUUCAGAGGAGGAUGUAGAGAAAGCUGCAGAUAACAGCUUUGACUGCACAAUGUGCCGAGCUUUCAAGUCCACUAAGGUGGCGACCAAGGCCAGAGACUCCAUUGAGCCUGCAGUUAUGACGCAGAUUGUUACAAAGGCUAAAGAAAUGGAUCUGGCAAGGACCUACACCCAGGACGGUGUGUGUCUGACAGAGUCGGGGCUGUGCCAGCUCCAGAGCCUGUCUGCUACCGCGUCACGGCGCAGGAAGCCCAAGCCCAAGCUGAAGCUAAAGAUCAUCAACCAGAACAGUGUGGCGGUACUCCAGGCCCCUGUGGACCCCCUCUCAGAGCACUCUCGCGAUGAAGACCUGGAGGAUAACAGAGAGGCGGAGCUCCUGGAUUGUGAGGGGAAGUCUGACUCGAGCCUGGAGCGAGAGCCAGCAGAAGACGACUCUAAGGGGGCCGACGGCAGCAAGAAGAGGAAGAGGAAGCCGUACCGGCCGGGCAUUGGAGGGUUCAUGGUGCGCCAGAGGAGCCGUCCAGGACAAGGCCCAGGCAAGACCAAACGAUCCCUCUGCAGGAAGGAUUCCUCUGGCUCUGUGUCAGAGAACCCCGCUGGAAAAGAUGAAGCAGGAUGGACGGAGGCACUGCCUGAUACCCCUGUGGAUGAAACACCACCUGGCCCUGAGGCCCCAGAGAAAAUAAAGAAACGCUACCGGAAGAAGAAAACCAAAUUAGAGGAGGCCUUCCCUACCUACUUGCAGGAGGCAUUCUUUGGGAAGGAUUUACUGGACAAAAGUAAGCAGAGCAGGCAGCAGGGGGUGGAAUCAGGCUUACUGGAGGAGGGGCAAGGCCAGACAGAGAGGAAGCACCCCACCACCAGCUUCCUGGACCCCUCAUCUGACCCUCUGCUCAGCGCACCAGCCUCGUCCCUCCACGCCAGGCCAGCAGGAGCACAGACCUCUGAGGAACCAUUAGUUGAUCUAUCUGAUGUUCUGAGCACUGAUGCAGACAUCUUGGGAAUGCUCGGGAAGCCAAGCAGUGACUCUGGUCUUGAUUUUUGCCCCUUCCAGGUUGACAGCUCACCUCCUCCUUUUGCUGGUCUGGACAUCGGGCCCCUGGCAGACAGCUCCCCAGUGGCUCCCCCGUCCCAGUCUGGCCGACGGACACCUCGUGCCCUCCCAGAGGAACCUCUGGACGGGAUUCUCAGCCCAGAACUUGACAAGAUGGUCACUGAUGAAUCAAUUCUCAGCAAACUCUACAAAAUUCCAGAGCUGGAGGGUAAGGAUGUAGAGGAUCUCUUCACAGCAGUCCUGAGCCCCAGCACCAGCCAGCCACCACAGGUGCCUCACCCCCAAGGUCCAGGGCCACUCCCUGCCCCACCAGGCACCAGUAUGCCUCACCCCAAUGCAGGGAAUCCCAUGUUUCCAAGAAUGCCAAUGAUGAAUGGCAUGAUGGGACCAAACCAACGCUUCCCUACAAAUCCAGGAGCAGGGCCCUGCAUCCCAGAAAAUUUCUCCCCCCUCCACCGUAUGCCUUUCACUGACAAUCCAAGGGACAGGAAAUUCAAUCAGAUGCCUAGAGAAGCAGUAGGCCCGUGGCCCUCUCCUGCCCAUGGCCCAGGCCCUACCCCUCCUGGAUCUUUGCCUGAGGGAGAGACUGAAGCCAUGUCCAAUGCCCAAAGGAGUACACUCAAAUGGGAAAAGGAGGAGACUCUUGGAGAGCUAGCCACUGUAGCGCCCGUCCUCUACACUAAUGUCAACUUCCCCCACCUUAAAGAAGAAUUCCCAGAGUGGUCUACUAGAGUCAAGCAGAUUGCAAAACUAUGGAGGAAGGCGAGCUCACAAGACAGGGCCCCGUAUGUGCAAAAGGCAAGGGAUAACCGAGCUGCCCUGCGCAUCAACAAAGUCCAGAUGUCCAACGAGACAGUCAAGAGGCACCAACCACAGCAGCAGCCCCCUGAGGUGUUUGAUCCCAACAUACCACUAGACACAGAACUGCUCUUUAAAGACCCUUUGAAACCCAAAGAGUCAGAGCAUGAACAAGAGUGGAAGUUUAGACAGCAAAUGAGGCAGAAAAGUAAACAGCAAGCCAAGAUUGAAGCCACUCAAAAACUGGAACAAGUUAAGAAUGAGCAACUCCAGCAGCAGCAACAACAGCAGCAGCAACAGCAGCAGACAAACAGCCAGUCUGAGGGAGACAGCAACAACAGUGGUAACCAGAGCCCUGCUUCCCAGCCCAGCAAUGGCAGCAUGUCCCCCAUGCAGCAGGUCAACCCUAAAGAGGGGUUUGCCAGGCCACAGCUGCCAGGAACACCCACUUCAGGUCCUCCAGAAGAUGUGUUUCUGCGACCCCCGCCUCCCCCUCCAUCGGGUCCGUCCUCCCAGCCUCAGUCCCCACAGGUCUUCUCACCAGGCUCAUCUGGUUCCAGACCCUCUUCUCCAUGGGACCCAUAUGCUAAGAUGGUGGGGACCCCAAGACCACCCACUCUAGGGCCGAAUGCAUGCCGCAGAAUCUCCAUGGAGUCAGGGAAAUCCCCCACUUCCUUAAUGGAGCAUCAGGACAGAGGUAGGCCAUCUCCUGCUCAUGAGUCUUUUGGUUCUCCUACAUCUAUGAGCAAUGACCCUUACGCCAAGCCUCCUGACACACCAAGGCCAGCUGGGGAAAUGGACCCAUUCCUGAAGCCUAUGGGACCCCCCAGAUCUAGCCAGGCUGCCCAGGGGAGGCCUCCAAUGGGUUCUCCGGGCAGAGACCCAUACUCAAGACCUAUGAUCAGAAAUGAGGCAUAUCAACGCAUGGCCCAGAACAGGAUGAUCCUGUCUGACCCUUACUCACGGCCUUUACUAGCACCUAUCCCUGGGAGUAAUGAGUCUGGCUCAGUGUCUCUGUUCAAAACACCCAUGCCCCCACCGCAGGCUCAGGACCCUUUCAACCGGCCACACCCCACUGACAGGUUCUCCCAGAAUCAGCAGAAUGACCCCUAUGCUCAACCCCCCCAUACUCCAAGACCCUCUGGUAAUGACAAUUUCACCAGUCCUCCUAGAAUGGCUCAGCAUCACUCUCAGGUCCACUCAUUUGCUCAGCCUGGAUCAAUGACACAAAUGUCCAGGAAUCCUUACGCUCAUGCACCCUCCACUCCAAGGCCUGACCACUUUACUUAUGACCCCUUUGCCCAACCCUCUGUUCCCACCAAGCCAGCCACAGACCCUUAUGCUCAGGCCCCAGGUACCCCUCGGCCAAUCAAUGAACCCACAGCCCAACCUCGCCCAUUCUUUGAGCCCUAUGCUCGACCUCCUGGCACCCCACGCCCACAUGACAAUUACGGCCAGCCAUCAAAUACCCCUAGCCCAUCCUCUGACCCUUACUCCCAGGCUCCUGCCACUCCUCGCCCCAGUGGGAUAAACCAGUUUGGUCACCCUGCACAGAGGAUGUCUCCUUCCCACUCAGUGGACCCGUAUGCCCAGCCGCCUACUCCACGACCCUCUAUGGGAGAGAGAUUUUCCAAAUCACCAGGUAGCCAGAGGGUGCCUAUGGACCAAUACACUAAUACCUCUGGAACACCAAAGACUGGGAGUGGUGACAUGUUUUCGCAACCAGGGGCCCCCAGACCAAUGCUUAAUGACCCCUACUCCCAGCCUCCAGGGACCCCACGGCCUAGUCCUGAUGGGCUCAACAGACAGGGGCCAAGGCCAGGACCAAUGGGCAACCAGGAUCCCUUCUCUCCGUCUCAAGGCAGGCUACAGGAAUCCUUUCCCCAUCCUGGCUCACAAACACCAAAACACCCAAGCAUGCCAGAAGAUGGAUUUACCCAGUCACCCUCCAGAAGACCCAAUCAGACGCCUGUCCAUGACCCUUUUGAACAGGCCCCCAUAACCCCUCGUCCACAGCAAACAGAGAAAAUAGAAAUGAAGGAUCAGUCAAGCGUGGGUAACAGUGGAACUGCCCCCCAAGACCCCAGCCAACUGUCUAACAACCCACAGAUGCCUGGUGCUCCCUCCGAGGCUCAGAGUGUUCCUUUGGCUGACAGUGAGGAAAGACUCAGACAGCGGCAACGAAUCAGAGAACUAAUCCUCAAACAGCAGCAACAGAGGAGUGCCAUUCGACAGGAGAGGGGCCCCCAGGAGCCUGCUGGCAACAUGACCCCAGGAACACCACGACCUUGGCCCCAGGAAGGUGCUGGGCAGCAGGGCGAAAUUUUCAGUAGGCCUCCUCCACCUUAUCCAGGACAAGGACCCAUGAGAGGGCCCAUGAGGUUCCCUGGACCUUUUCCAGGGGAUCAGCGUGGCCCUUUUCCUAACGAGGGGCAGAUCCCUAGGGGCCAACAUCCUGCAGAUCCUAAUCUAAGACAUCAGGGACCAAGGUUUGCAUUUCCACCUGGUGGUCCGGGACCUCAUGGAGGCCAGGAGUUCUUUCCUCGAGGUCCACACCCAAUGCAGGAUGUCCCCCCUCAAAUGAGACGGUCCGUAUCUGCAGACAUGGCAAAGUCUAUGGGAGGCAACCCUAUGGGAUUGCCGCAGCACUUCCCUCCACGUGGUAUGCCAGUGCAGCAGCACACCAUUAUGGGCCAGCCUUUCAUUGAGCUGCGACACAGAGCAGUGGAGAGCAGGCUCCGUAUGCCGUUUCCCCCUGGUUCCAUGCAAGGGAACAAUAUAGAUCCCAACAUGCAGGCUCAGAGGCUCCCUAACUUUCUGGGAGCACCUGAAUUCAGGUUCCCUGCCAACCAGGGGCCCAGGAUGAUGGACCCCAUGAGUGGCCAGACUGGCCAAGUCCAGCUAUCUGCCAGCUUGGACAAUUUGAAUCAGCAAACCCAGAUGCCAGGAAACAACAUGCCUAGACAAUCUCCUUUGAUGAGAUCCAUGAGUCAGCCUGCCUCAAAUGAGACCCAGAACAUGGCAGCAUCAAUGAUGCUGGCUGCGCCCUCUGCUGGGCAGAAUGAGACUGUCUCAGUGGCCACUAAUGAAGCUGUGGAGGAAAAAUUGGAUGCAGAAGAGUCUGCUGUCAAAGAUCUUGAAGACGUGGAGGUUAAAGACUUGGUGGAUGCUGAUCUGGAGAAUCUAAAUUUGGAUCCAGAAGAUGGUAAAGACCUAGACUUGGAGACUAAUGACCUUCACCUUGAUGACUUCCUGAAAUCUGGGAAAUUUGACAUUAUUGCUUACACAGACCCUGACCUAGAUGACAUCAAGAAAGAUAUGUUCAAUGAGGAACUGGACCUGAAUGACCCUAUGGAUGACAAUACUGACACCACAGACAUCCAGCGGGUUCUGUCUGAGAAAAGAAACUCAAAUACUGGUGGAACUGAGACCUCAUCUAGUUCAAUAUCUGUACUGGCAAAAUCAGAGGCCUCAGGUGAGCAGUCUUCUUCUGAAGACAAACAUGAAGCUAUUGGGAGUCAGGGCACUGCUUCUUUGGCACUUGGUCAGGAGAUCAAAACGGAGGUGAAAGACUGUCAGAAGCCCACUGAGGUGAUAGACCAGCAAGCCGAUGGAAACACCAUAAACUCAAACCAGCAGGGAGUGAUUUCUGACUCCACCCCAGUCCUCUCUAGUUUACUCAUUAAACAGCAGCCUGAGGAGCAGUCAUUAAACCCAAUGGUUGAAUCUGUCAGUCAAGGCAGCAACCUCAUGCCCCAGCCAAACCAAGUCACUGACACUCAGCAUACUUCUGGACUCACAAUUAGUCAAACAGUACCUGACACCACCACCGCAGGAGAAGCUUCCAUGUCUGGUUUUGGGGUAGACCACCAGGUGGGACUGACUCCUGGAGUGGAGCAGAGCAGUCUGAGCCAUGCCCAGCAGACCAUGCUGAACCAGGCAAUGGGUCAGCAGGGCCAACAGCAACGUCCUCUGCUGCUGGAGGAACAGCCACUCCUUUUGCAGGACCUCCUUGACCAGGAGAGGCAGGAGCAACAGCAGCAGAGGCAGAUGCAGGCCAUGAUACGACAGCGCUCCAGUGACUCCUUCUUCCCCAACAUUGAUUUUGACGCUAUCACCGACCCUAUUAUGAAGGCUAAGAUGGUUGCCCUGAAAGGCAUCAACAAAGUCAUGGUUCAGAACAACAUGGGAAUGGCUCCGAUGGUCAGAUUUCCUCCAGGUCCAGUAGCACCUUGUCCUGAAAGCACACCACUUCCUCCACAAGUAGGUGGACAGGAAGGGAAAUUGACACAGGUUGUGAGGCCUAAUCCUCCUAACUUUGGACCAGGUUUUGUCAACAAUGCUCAAAGGGCUCAGUAUGAGGAGUGGCUCCAGGAGACUCAGCAACUACUUCAGAUGCAGCAGAAGUUUCUGGAAGAGAAGAUUGGAGCUCAUAGGAAGUCUAAGAAAGCACUGUCUGCCAAGCAGAGAACAGCUAAGAAGGCAGGGAGAGAGUUCCCUGAGGAGGACGCUGAGCAGCUCAAACAUGUCACAGAGCAGCAGGGUGUAGUACAGAAACAACUGGAGCAGAUUCGUAAGCAGCAGAAGGAGCAUGCUGAACUGAUAGAGGAGUAUAGAGUGAAACAGCAACAAAACAACAUGCCACCUUUAAUGCAUGGAAUGCCACCAAUGCCAGGUCCUGCUGGCAUGGUACCCGGUGGUCCACCAAUUGUCCAGCCACCUAUGAACCCCAUGAUGCAGAUGCCACUUCAUCCUGGUCAGCCAAACGCACCUCCACGCAUACCCAACGCACCCCCUGGCUGGCAUCCUGGUACUCCCAUGCCAAUGGGGGGACCUGGCAUGCCACCUAUCAUGCCUCCUCAGGUGCCUAUGGGAAAUCCAGGCCAGCCUCAUCAGAUGCCAAUGGGUAAUCUACCUCAACACUCACAGAUGCCUGUGGAGCCUCAGCCACCACUGGCUCCACCAGGUGGGGUAAAGCCUGUGCAGGCAGGUGGUGUGAAGUUUGAUGACAACAACCCAUUUAGUGAGGGCUUCCAGGAGCGGGAGAGGAGGGAGAGGCUGAGGGAGCAGCAGGAGAGGCAGCGGGUACAGCUCAUGCAGGAAGUGGAGCGACAGAGAGCCUUGAAACAACGCAUGGAGAUGGAGCAGCAAGGCAUGAUGGGGCCAGAUGGGAACAUGGCACCACUCUCUCAAAUGCCCUUUUUCAAUGCUGAGCUGCCACAGGACUUCAUGCAGCCUCAGAGGCCUCCACCACAACAACAACUUGGACCAAUGUUCCCCCAGCAGCAGGGCAUACAGCCUGGUAUGGGCUCACCACCUGGGGCAUUUAUGCAAGGUGACAGGAGGGCCAUGAUGGGUAAUGGAAUGAUGCCCCAGGAUAUGGGGCCUGGUUUGGGGCCUGAUAAUCUUGCCCUACAAGCAGCUAACUUCCCGCAGGGUCAGCCCAGACCCCGUCGGUUCAGUGGACCAGGAAUGAUGCCUCAGAUGACAGGUGAAGGUCCACCAUUUGGGAAUGACUCAGCUACACCUCUGCCCUCGAACUUCCCCGGCUCAGGCCAGUCUCUAAUACAGCUCUACUCUAACAUCAUCCCAGAUGAGAAAGGGAAAAAGAAGAGGAACCGGAAAAAGAAAAAAGAUGAUGAUGCUGAUUCAGUCAAGACUCCCUCAACUCCGCACUCUGACCUCACAGCUCCUCUGACACCCUGUGUCUCAGACACCUCCUCCACUCCAACAAGGAACACCCAUCUCUUUGGAGACCAGGACCUGUCCAGGUCCCCCUUGCUGGGGUCUUCCACCCCUAGUCACUCUGAACUAGAGAAGCAGCUGUCUGGAGGGCUGGCUGGACAGCCUGGUCUCCCUUCAGACACAGCGAGAGCCCAGGCUCAGGAGCAGGACAGGAUCCUCAACAACAUAAAGCUAGAGCAGACUGAUGCCAGUGAAUGUCAUGGGCCAAAGGAAGGUCCCAUUGGGUCAGAAGUUGGCUCUGUGAAGGAAGAGGGUGGUAAAGGGGGCAUGUCUCCCUUCCCUUCAGGGCAGAGUCCCUCCAACAAGGGUGAGGCUGGCAAUGAGCUCCUGAAACACCUUCUGAAGAACAAGAGCACUCCUCUACCAGGGCUGCCCCACCAGAGGUCAGAGGAGAGCCUGCGCUCAGAGGAGGAAGAACCUACCGACUGCAAAGCCCUACUCAGGCAAAGCUCCAUGGACAGCAAUGGGGCAUGCUCUGAUGGCACCCCUGACUUUCCUGGACCUCUGCUCCCUGAACAGGAGAAGAAAAAAGGAAGGAACAAGAGGGCUCCUAAAAGUGGGGAGAAACCAGUCUCUCGGUACAAGAAACGGAAGAAGGAUGGAGACGAGAAGCAACUGAUGCACUCUGGCUCUGAUGCUGUAAUGACUCAAAUCAAACAGCAGCUGUCCUUGCUGCCUCUAAUGGAGCCACUGAUUGGGGUCAACUUUGCCCAUUUUGCUCCCUAUGGCAGCGGCCAGCUCAAUGGGGAGAACCUCCUAUCUGGGACCUUUGGCAGCGCCUCCCUGGACGGAGUCUCUGACUAUUAUUCCCAACUUGCCUACAAGCAGAGCAACCUGAGCAACCCACCGACACCCCCAGCAUCGCUUCCUCCCACCCCACCACCUGUGAACAGACAGAAAAUGAUCAAUGGCUUCGCUACAACAGAAGAGCUGGCCAGCAAAGCUGCAGCCAUGGUGUCCAAAGGCCUCGUCCCAAAGCCACUUCACGUCCCGUUCAGGGCUGAAGCAGAGGAUCUGCUGGUCCGAGCCAUCACUCAGGGACCUAAAACUGUAGAUGUUCCAGCCUCCCUCCCCACCCCACCCCACAACAACCAGGAGGAGCUCAGUAACAGAGGACAGGAGCCUUGCAAAGACAGGGACACGCCAGACAGUUUUGUUCCAUCCUCAUCUCCUGAGAGCGUGGUUGGUAUGGAGAUCAGUCGCUACCCUGACCUGUCCUUGGUGAAGGAAGAGCCUCCCUCCCCUUGCCUGUCUCCUGUCCUCCCCAUGCUCCCGGCACCUGAUGGAAAAGGAUCAGAGAUCAAGCUGCAGGAAAUCAAGACGGAGCCUUCAGGAAUGUUCUUUGGCUCCCCCUUUGGCCCCAUGUCUAAUGACUCCAAACAAGGGUUGGUGUCUGUAGCUAUCACACUGAGACCAGCCGCAGCAGAGAACAUCACUGGUGUGGUGGCUGCCAUUUCCGACCUUCUCUGUGUAAAGAUCCCUAGCAGCUAUGAGGUCAGCAGCACCCCAGACAGGGGGCCCCUGUCUAUGCUCAGUGGCCUGAGAGUGGGCCCCCAUGGCCUAGAGCCUCGGCCUCCCAUGCUCUUUCAAGGACGUGGGGACCCUGGAGGCCCUCAGGGUGGCCCAGGCCAGCUGAUAAGGCCUGGGGGACCACAGGGAAUAAUGCAGCAGCAGCAAGCACAUCACCUCCGCUUCCACCCUGACAGUUCAGGCUCAGCUGUACCUCGAGGACCUGAUCAGAAGACCCCAGGCAGUCCUGGAUCCAAGCCUCAGUGGUGCUGCCACUGCAAAGUGGUGGUUCUGGGAAAUGGAGUGCAGAAAUCCAUCAGAGACCUCCCCGCUCACAAACAGGAGUCUGAGGGUCAUUUGAAGUCUGAGGGGGAACUGGUCUUCUGCAGUCACAGCUGCUUUCUUCUCUAUUCUUCCUCCUCAUCCUCGCAGUCCAGAUCAGCCACAGAAACUAAGGACUCAGUGGCCCUGCUGCCAGACUCUGAACAAAAAGAGAACCUUUCCAAAGCCCAGCACCAGUACAGUAACAACAUGUCCUCACUGGAUGUGCAUUGCCUGGCUCAGCUCCAGCCCAAGCUGUCUCCCCCUUCGACCCCUCCCAUCCCCUUCCCUAUGGCAAACGAGACAUCUAAGACAGAGACCAAGUCUGAUACCAUCAAAGUGACAGUAAAGCUGAAGGCCCGGCCAAGAGCCCACCACCAUGACGGCUGGCACCAGGGAAAGAGACAGAAGGGUCUCCGCUGGAGGAAGUGGACAGUCCAGGUGGUGAUGCCCAGAGGGAACUCCCACCUCCCAGAUGAAGAUAAGAUCGAUGACCUCUUGAAGAAUUUGGGGGCCUCCUUGCGCCCCCCUGCUUCACUCCGGGACCAGAGGCGUUGCUGUUUUUGCCACCAGCUUGGAGAUGGGAUCACUGAUGGCCCUGCUAGGCUGCUCAACCUAGAUCUCGAUGUAUGGGUCCACCUGAAUUGUGCCCUGUGGUCCACCGAAGUGUAUGAGACUCAGGCCGGUGCCCUCAUCAACGUAGAGCUGGCUCUGCGUCGUGGCCAAUCAGUCCGCUGUGCCUACUGCCAGCAGACUGGUGCUACUAGCGGCUGCCAUCGCCUUCGCUGUACCAAUGUCUACCAUUUCACCUGUGCUCUGCAAGCUCAUUGCACCUUCUUCAAGGACAAGACCAUGCUAUGUCACGCCCACAGACCCCGGGGCACAGCCGGCCAGGCUCUGGAACAUGAGCUGCGCUGCUUUGCUGUCUUCCGACGUGUCUAUGUUCAGAGGGAUGAAGUUCGCCAGAUAGCCACCGCCGUGCAGCAGUCUGAGCUGGGCUACACUUUUCGUGUGGGCAGCUUGGUGUUGCACGCCAUGGGCCAGCUAACCCCCCAGCAAAUGGCAGCCUUCCAUUCCACUACAGCCAUCUUCCCAGUUGGUUACGAGGCUUGCCGCAUCUACUGGAGCAUGCGCCAUGGCAACCGGCGCUGCCGCUACAUCUGCUCUGUUGAGGAGAAAGAGGACCAGCCUGAGUUUUCCAUCCGUGUCAUCGAACAGGGCUACCAAGACCUGGUCCUGACUGACACUACUGCUAAAGGAGUGUGGGAUAAGGUUUUGGGUCCUGUGGCUGAGAGAAGAACUGAAUCAGGCACUCUGAAGCUCUUCCCUGUUUACCUGAAAGGAGAGGACCUGUUUGGACUCACUGUCCCUGCAAUCACCAAAAUCACUGAAUCGCUCCCAGGGGUGGAGGCCUGUGAGAGGUACUCAUUCCGUUACGGACGCAACCCUCUAGUGGAGUUGCCUCUCGUCUUCAACCCUGCUGGCAGCGCCCGUGCCCAGCCAAGAACCAGCACUCCCUCCGCUGCACUGGUGAUAAGGCCACAGCCACAGGCUGUAUCCAGCAGUAGUGCCAGGUCCAACCAGAACGUGGCCCAAGGAGAAGGUGGCGCACCCCAUAGCAAACCUCCAGUAGUGCACCCCAGGUCCUCUCAGUACCGCUGGAUGAAGAGCGAGUGGAGAGCCAAUGUCUACCUGGGCCGCUCUCGCAUCCAGGGCCUGGGGCUGUUUGCUGCGAGAGACAUCGAAAAACAAACUAUGGUGAUUGAGUACAAUGGAACCAUCCUGCGCAAUGAGGUUGCCAUCAGAAGAGAGAAGCUCUACAGGUCACAGAACCGAGGAGUGUUCAUGUUCCGCAUCGACAGCGAACAUGUUGUUGAUGCCACUCGAACCGGAGGGCUAGCAAGAUACAUCAACCACUCUUGUGCCCCCAACUGUGUUGCUGAGGUGGUGACAUUCGAAAGGGGUUACAAAAUCAUCAUCAGCUGCAAUCGCAGAAUUGAGAAAGGAGAGGAGCUGUGUUUCGACUACCAGUUUGACACUGUGGACGGUCAGCACAAGAUCGCUUGCCACUGUGGAGCUCCUGAAUGCAGGAAGUGGAUUAACAGAGCAAAGUGAAAACAACAAAUACAAAUGCAUUCCUUGCUAUUGUGUGUGUGGAAGCCCUGAUCCCUGCCGAGGGAAAGUCGCUCCGCGCUAAAGUCAUUUUACGAAUGAGCAGAAGGCCUGAACCCUUAGAGAGGUGAACGAAGCUCCGCGCUGGUGAGUCAAGGACGAGAAAAGAUUGGGUAGAGGAAGGGAAAUGUAAAGCAGUAGCAGGAAGUGACUUGUGCCAUAUGUGAGAGGCUCUGUUUCAUUAGAUGUCCUCUGUCUGUCUAUAUGUGUGUGUGUUUGGUGUACAUGAGACGCAAAAUCCACCAGCGAAUGAGAGAGCACUGUGCAGGGUGCGGCCUUAUUGCUUACUAAGGGCAGGCCCUUUUGUUUCAUACUGUUAAUGUAUACCGUAUGACUAAAUGUAGACAUCACUGAAUGAGGAAUGUACAGCAAUGAAUACCGCGAAGGGAAUAUUAACUUGCACUAAAAAAAAGGAAAAAAACUAAAAGAAAAAAAAAAACACGAAAAACUUUUAAGAUACUUGAUUCCAUGAGUCAGUUUUAUCAUAGGUUUCUGUCAUGUGAUUUGUGUGGAAUUCGAGAGGUUUUGUAUUUAUUACUGAGUGAAUGAAUUUUAUGCUCAAACUGAUGAGAUUGAUGAGUUAAAGAAGGCUAGACUGCUAUUGUUUUUGAAGAUUGAAGAAGACAUGCUGUUACUUUUGUAUAAAUGUACAUAAAGAAAACUAUAGGAAUAACCGACCAAAUACUACCUUAACCUUCUUGAUGUUUGGGUGUUUUUAAAUUGUUCUUUUUUUUUUUUCGUUUUGUUUUGUUUUGUUUGUCAUUGAAAUUUAUUUAAGAUGGACGUUAUGAUUUCAGUUUGAGAGUAUAUAUUAUGAAUAUUCUGUACAGAAUUUGUAAUAUAACCACAAUAAUUCACAAAGUAUUUUUGUUGUAUUAAAAGUAAGGUAUUGUAGCGUAGUGUUUUGUGACUUACACGUACUUUGACCACUCAAAAAGAAAUAUUUUUGUUGACUAACGUGGUAACGAGUUAUCAGUUACAGAAUCAAAAGAACUCUUAAACUAGUAAGAGAUCGUUCUGAUCUGUUUGCUGUUAAUCAGGUUUGAUUAAAGAAAAAAAACUGUGAAUUAGGUUUUAAACUACCCAAAAACAACUUUUAACUUUUUAACACAAAUAGGCAUAGGAACAUCACCUUGUUUUCACCUGUUGUUUGUUUUUACAUUACAUUUGAAAAAAAAAAAAAAGAAAAAAAUUCUAGGUGCAACGUCUAAUGAUACUGCAACUUAGACGAAACUAGUGUGUAACAGGAAGAAACGUGAGAAACCUUACUUGGAGUAGUAGGUGGUUCUAUCUUUUGGACAGAGACGGCAUUCUCCUUAAUCAGAAAUGUUUCUUAUAUUGACACUUCACAAAGUCACAUGCUUAGAAAUGGAAGAGUUUUGCGUGCACAAUUUCAAGUCGACUGUAAAAUUUUGGAGACAGUCUUAGAACUUGUAAUGUAUAUGGCAUGUAUUUUUUUAACUUUCCGAAGACUCAAUUGUAUAUAUUUUCUCAAUGAAUGGUUGUAACAAAAUUGUUUCUUGGAUAUUUUUCUUCUCUUGUAUGAUAUUACAUCAUCCUGCCAGUGUGUUUGUGCUACAUUUUUCUUGGUCCUGUAAAGUAGUCUGAAAUGUUUUUUUGAAAAAUGCCUUUUGAAGUGUACAGUAAUAUGAGGUUUGGAGUUUGUGGAAUUGAAUUUAGAAACAUUUACAAAAAUAAACUAUUUUACAUCUUAA